AUGAAGAGUGAGCGGAAUAGUGACGGGCGUCUUGGGGAUUUCUCUGACAACCAAGAUGAAGGCGGUGACGAGGACAGAGAUAUAGAAAAUGAGGAAUUACCUGUUGUAGAAAAUGUGACGUCUGAGAAAAGUAAAGUGAUUCUACUGUCCCCAAGUCAAAUGAUCGAGGAUGAUGAAAAUGAUAACAAAGCAUCUGGUGGACCAAUGAGCAAAAUUACAGACUCAACUGUACAGAAUCUCAAGACAUCCAAUGUGAAGUCCUCGAUCCCACUGAUUUCAAAAGUUGGGAUUCGGACCGUGAAAGUUGGUAGCCGCCAAGUGAAUGAGGAAGAAAAAGUGGCCAUGGAGAAAGAAAUGGAAAAACAAGGCCUGAUGGCUCAUGACAGUAAAGUUCAUAUCAAUGGGGAAACGUCGUCCGAAGAAAUGAAAUAUGAUUAUCAGACCUGCCAUUUAAAAUCCAAAUCAAGAGCUGACCUGUGGGAGCAUAAAAAGAUUAAGCAUUACGAGGCAAUAGAGUGCAAAUUGUGCAACAUGGUGUUUGUCAACUAUCAGACUCUCAAGUCCCACAACGAGGCCAAGCAUGUUGACGAUGGGGAGCUGAACUGUGAGAUCUGCAACAAACAUUUCAGCAGCAAAUGGACCCUGUCCCGUCACUUAAAGCUGCACAACUCUGCCAAGUACACCUAUACGCACUGUAAUAAGAAGAUUUCCACAAAGGCCUCGUAUGAGGAUCACCUGGAGACACAUAAACCUGAGAAUGAGCGACAGUACCGCUUCCACUGUGUAUUCUGUGGCAAGGGCUUCAGGAACCACAUGACCAUCCUCACAAACGUGAGCAAACACACGUGUUUCUACUGCAACAAGAUCUUCUCCACUGCAUCCUCUUUGAAGUUCCACAUAAGGAAAUGUUCCCAGGUGCAGAAGCCACUCACAGAGGCCACACAGCAGUCUGGCAUGGUGGUGAUCUACCCUAGCGGACAGGGAAUCAUAACUGUGUCUGAAGCCUCGAUGGUGGAGGUUGGCGGUGUCAGGCCAAUGGCCAUUCCUGUCAUUACUGCCUCCCAGGUUGCGUUCCUGCCUGGUGAACAGAAUGUCGUGAUCACAGAAUCUUCAUGA